GCGGAGCCGCACAUGGACCAGAGAGGUGAACUAUGAAGGAAGAGAGCGGGACUUUCGACGGAGAGCUGCGCGUCAUGAAGGGCAGUUCGGAAUAACUCCGGUUUUAUGAAGGCUCGCAAAGAUAGAAUGGGAAUGGCGAGCGUGGACUUGCUCGUGACUCUUCAGAUCUUACCUGGGUUCUUUUCGAACUGUCUCUUCCUCGCGCUCUAUGACUCGGUGGUGCUCGUGAAGCGCGCCGUGUCUCUGCUCAGCUGCUCCCGGUCAGCGGGGACGGGAGAGUGGCCCCGCAUGCUCACCUCAGAGGGGAUGCGCUCCAUCUGGAACGGCUUCCUGCUGGACGCUUACAAGCAGGUGAAACUGGGCUGCGAUGCUCCAAACUCCAAACUUGUGAAGGUUCCUGAUGCCUCUCGGUGGAGUGAUGGUCUCAGUAACGUGACGAACGUGCCGCCUGGAUCCAGGGCCCGAAAGGAGGACGAGUGUCACCUUCUGGAUUUUGAGUCGUCGGAUCGCCCCCUGGUGGUCAACUUCGGCUCAGCCACCUGACCCCCCUUCAUCAGCCACCUGCCUGCUUUCAGGCAGCUGGUUGAGGACUUCAGCGACGUGGCUGAUUUCCUAUUGGUGUACAUCGAUGAGGCCCACCCGUCUGACGGCUGGGUGGCCCCUCCCAUGGGCUCCUGCUCCUUUAACGUCCGGAAACACCAGAACCUGGAGGAGAGGCUGCGGGCCGCACGAGAACUCAUCGAGCACUUUUCCCUCCCACCGCAGUGUAAGCUGGUGGCCGACAGCAUGGACAACAAUGCUAACGUGGCUUAUGGCGUGUCGAAUGAACGGGUGUGUAUAGUGCAGCGGAGAAAGAUCGCCUACCUGGGCGGUAAGGGGCCUUUUUUUUACAAUCUGAAGGAUGUGCGGCAGUGGCUGGAACAGAGCUACGGGAAACGGUAGGAGGAAGAGAAGAGGAAGUGGACAACAUGCAGAAGGAAAUUUAAAAAAUUGUCUGCUCUGAGUGAGCAGAAAAUUUGAAACCAACAGCUGUGUUGUAGCCACGAUGA